AUGCCAGCGCCCCUGGGCUUCCUUGGUCUGGUCCUGUUCUGGGUGCUGGUGCCAGCGACUUCAGAGAAAAUGCCAGACUCGUUGGUGGGGCAGGCGGCCUCCUGCAUGACUUCCUGCACAGGGUCAGCUGAUCCUCACCUCCCCGUGGGCACCAGAUACAUCUAUCACUUUUCCACUAACACCAGCACCAGCCUGCAGGGAGCCCAGGUGGAGGGGAGUGGCCUUGGUCUGCAAGGCUUGGUCACCCUCGAUGUGCUUGGCCCUUGUCAGAUGGCCUUACAGCUCCAGCACUUCCAGCUGACAUCCAUCCUGGGGUCCAAGGUGGAAGUUCUGAAGGAGUCAGAGAGUUUGAGCGCUGUCCUGGGCCGCGAGCCGCUGCGCUUCGUCCUGCAAGCGGGGCGCGUGGUCCGCCUGUGCCCCCGCCGCGCCGAGCCGCGCUGGGCGCUGAACGUGAAGCGGGCGGUGCUGAGCCUCCUGCAGGGUCAUCCGGGUGCCCGCGACCCCCAGACCGUGGAGGAGGUGGACAUCCUGGGCAGGUGUCCCGCCACGUACCAGCAAUUCGGAAGCAGGCUGCACAAGACCAAGGACCUGACGCGGUGCUCCCUGCGCAGGGCGCGCGCCUCCCUGCGCUCGCAGGCCCUGCCCGCCGCCGAGGAGUCCGGCCUGGCCUCCCGCCUGACCUGCGUCCAGAGUCUGCAGGCCGGUGUGCUGCGGGAUGCCUCUUGCACGCAGCUGGACACCGUGGGGCCCCUCUCCAGGGAAGCAAAUGCUGCGCUGAUGUGGACCCUUUCCUCGCUCUCCCUGCUGCGGGAGGUACCCCAGGACCCGGCUGUCACAGAACCUCCCGCCUCAGAUUCAGACGCUGGAGAUUUAACCCUGAGCAGCUUGCUCUAUGAAUGGGAGGAGACCCCGUCCCAAGCUACGGUGGCCACAGGGGCUGCAUCCGUGAGGAAGCUGUGCCUGGCUCAGGCCACGAGCUUUGAGGCCACGGAACUGUUCCUGACGCUGGUGACUGAGCUCCGAGGCCUCUCUGCGGAUGAGCUCAUGGAACUCUGGGGACUUUCUUUUAAAUGCCGAGACAACUGGAAGCCGCUGGUGGAUGCCCUGCCCUCCUGUGGCACCGAGGCCUGCGUGGGCCUCAUGGCAGAGCUCAUCGUGUCCGGGGAGGUGGAGGCAGACGAGACAGAGGCGUGGCUCUGGUCGCUGGCCUUCAUCCCGGAGCCCACUGAUGCUAUGGUCCGCGCGCUGCUGCCUCUGCUGCAGACCCCGGGGGCCAGCUCCAGUGCCUUCCUGGGCAUCUCGGCUCUGGUGCACAACCUGUGUGUGUCUCUGGACGGGCCCUGUGAGCAACUGCCUGGCGUUGGCUCCCUCGUGAGGAUCCUGGGAGAUGCCGUGGGUGCCAACUGCACCUUCCAGGAGCCCUCAGAUGCUGAUCAGCUCCUGUUCGUGCUGAAGGCCAUUGGCAAUGCUGGCUGGGCGGCCACGGCUCUCACCCCCAGGCUGAGCACUUAUGCCUCCCUGGGGAGCUGCCCCCCUGAGAUCCGACUGGGGGCCAUCCAAGCCUUCCGGAGGGUUCCCUGCUCUGCAGACCGGUCCAUGCUCUACAACCUGUACCAAAACGCCGGGGAGGAUUCUGAGAUCCGCAUCAAUGCCUACCUGGCCCUGAUGAGGUGCCCAGGAGAGGAGGUGUUUGCCCAGGUGCAGCGUACCCAGGCAGGAGAGCAGUCCACCCAGGUGGGCUCCUUUGUGUGGAGUCACCUCCUGCAGCUAUUGGAGACGGACGACCCCUUGAAACAGACCCUCCGGGAGGCCAUCCCUGAAGAUACUGUCAGCCGGGAGUUCCAUCCAGAGAUGUGGAAACACUCGUCCUACUCUGAUGCCACCUUCCGCUCAGCAUCAGGCAGCCUGGGAGCCAACCUGGAGGGGACCCUUCUCUUCUCCCCAGCCUCCUUCCUCCCCCGUUCUGCCACAGCCAACCUGACCAUCCAUGCUCUUGGUCAUGCCUUCAACGUUCUGGAGCUGGGACUCCGACUGGAAAAUGCCGAGGAAAUGGCCCGCAGGCUGUUUGGCCUGAAGUCAUUCUGGGGGCAGGAAGGGGAGAGACAAGCCCAGGCGGAGAAGCCCCCAGAGACAGAGCCAGGGCCCACACCGCAGCCGGCCGACCCCGCUUGUCCAGGAGAAAGGUCCAGAAAGAUGAGAGACUUGCAGCAGAAGGUGGCCCGGAGGCGCAGGGAGAGGCAGGCGCUGAAGUGUCAGCUGAGCAUGAAGGUGUUCGGGCACGAGCUGAGCUCUGUGAACUGUGGGGCGAUGGGGAGCCACGUGAAGCGCCAGUCCCUGAACCUGGCUGAGCUUGCCAUCAAACUCCUGAAGGGCCAGGAGGUGCAGGUGAACCGGAGGCUGAACCUAGCGAUGGAGGAGCUCACCUUUCCCACCAUGUCUGGCCUCCCAGCCCGCUUGACCCUCAACGUCUCGGCGGCCAUCAGCAUCCGGGUCCGAGGGACAGCCGACUUCCAGAGGCACUCAGAUUUCUCUGUGAAUGGUUAUGUCAAGCCCAGCGCCCUGCUCCAGAUCUCAGCGCAGAUGGGCACAGUGGGUGCCCUGGGGCAGGCCGGGCUGAGGUGGGUGACUGGUGUCCGCGGCACCGCCAGCCUGGAUGGUGGGAUCCAGGCGAGGAAGGGCCAAGACCUCAGGGUGCAUCUAAACACACCGGAGGAGGUUGUGGAGCUGCUCCGCUUCAGGUCUCAGCUGUAUCUCGUCACUGGGGAUGAUGUGAGGAGCCUCAGUCACGUUCCCAGCCCUUCCGAGGCCCAGUCCUGUACCAGCAAGGAAGCAUCCCACACCUGGGGCUGGCAGCUCUGCGCUGAGAUGCUCUGGCCGGCGCCCGACCAGCCCUACCUGCUCUGGGUGCCUGUGUUAGCAGCUAUGACCCUGAAGAAGCAGGACCGGGGGCUCCAACAGUAUCUGCUGGAGGCUGCCUACACCCUCCACCCCCAGAAGGACUGCUGGCUCCCUCAGGAAGCCUCAGCUCACAUCUUCAUGGGCACACCCGGAUCCGAAGUGCCCAGGGACGUCGGGGUGGACGUCAGCUACAGCUGGCCUCAGGGGAAGUUCCGUCUCAAGCUUCUCCAUCCCAAGAAGAGAAUUGAGCUGGAUGGGAAGAUUGAGACUGUCCAGAGGGCCCGCAUGGGUCACCUGGAGUUGAUCCUGGAUGAAAGGGACGUCUACUACAUCAAGGGCCGGAGCAACCUGUGGCCAGCAGUGGGUGGCGAGGCCCAGCGGUUUGAGGCCCAGCUGGAGGUGAGACUGGUGACAUCGGGCAGCCCUGUGGUCCUCGCCGGAAACCUCAGCCGGCAGGCGGGCAGCCGGCUUGCCUUCUCCGUGUCACUGAGAAACCUGCUGGGUGAUGAGGCCCACGUGUCAGCGCUGCUGGAGAAGGAGGUGAAGGAUGGGCUGCAGGUGGUGUCCCUGGGUGUUGAGCUCUUCGUUCCGGAGCUCAUGGGGCUGCGUGCCCUGGGCCAGCUGCAGCGGUGGGGCCACCUCUGGACCAGCUACCUGAGGAUCAAGUACGGCCUCCGGGGUCAGGCGAAGCAGCUGGCCCAGGAGUGCAGCACCAGCCAGAAGCUAUGGGCAGAGGGCAGCUCGGAGGCCGCCUACAAGCUGGAGCUGAACCACAAGCUCCACUGCACGCAGAUCCCAGCGUUCAGUCACAAGGUCCAGCUGCGGCAUGAGGAGGUCUCGGGCCAUCUGCACUGGGAGCUGGAGGCGAGCUAUGGGAAGCACUGGGAUGACAUCCGCAACAGGAGGCGCCUCCGCAUCCUCCAGACCUUCCAGAAUGACUCGGGCCCAGCCCUGAGCAAUCACUUCCUGGAGUUUUUGCUGCAGGUGCCGGAGAAGCAGGUGGAUUACCGAAUGCACCUGCAUCACCUGAGCCUCCGCCACCCCCACGUGGAGACCAGCGCACACCUGAAGGUGCAGUACAACAGGCGGCUGCCCUUCGUGGCGGGCCUGCAGUGGAAGGACACGUCCCGGGCCGCCCUGUGGAGGUGGGAAGGAGCCUUGAACCUGAAUAGUCCCUGGCUGAUGGUCUCCAUGGCUCACAGGCUGUAUUGGCCUAACCGAGCCACGUUCCAGGCUGUGUUGGAGCUGACGCUGGGCAAGGCCUGGACCCUCAAGAAUUUGGUGAUAAACGUGGCCUGCAGGGGCCAGGGCCUCCAGAGGCAUGGCAAGAUCCACGUCUACACGCCAGCAACCACCUACCUCCGGGUUUCCACGGUGACAGCCUUGGCACAGAGCCUCUUUAGCACCCGGAGUGAAAUAGAAUCAGCCUGGAGCACAGCGGUGCAGAGCGAGAUUCAUGCUGAGAACAGCCGGGACCGUAAGAUCCUGCGCUGCUGGUUGAAGGGCCCCCAGCGGGAGCUGAACCUAACGGCUGCCUACAGGCACACGGAGCAGCCACGGAAGAGUCAUGUAUCGCUGACGGCUCUGGGGACCAGUGCCAGGGGCCAUCCUGAGGGCCUGCAGCUGGAGGGCAUACUGGAGGAGCUGGUUCGAGACAGGAGCUUGUACCAGAAGCAGGGGACCUUCUCCCUUCGGCACCCCUGGACCGUGCCCUUCCUCCCGCAGCACAUUCUCCUGCAGGAGACCUUCACGGCCGACCGGCAGCACCAGCGUUACUCCCUGGAGACCAGGGUGGUCCUGGAUGCCCAGGAGGAGACCCUGCAGACCGUGGUCUUGGGCUACCAGGCCGGGCACCCCUAUGUCUGCGCAGGCCUGACCCACCCAUAUGACGACAGGGCCAUCCCCAGGAGCUUGGAUGGGUGCGUGGUUUCGUGGAAUCGGCACCUGGCUAAGAACAGAGGUGUCGAGGCCACUCUGAGAGUCAACCAGAAAGUCUUGCUGCACUUGAAGGCUUUGCACCACAACAGAUCUCGGCACUGUGAAGUCUGGCAUAACCUGGCCCUGGACAUGACUCACUCCUUCCAGCUGAGGUUUCCCCAAGCCCUGAAUGUGGACGGGGACAUUGUCUUUAGACAGAGGCACGAGGGAGCAUUUGACUGUGGUGUGGAUGCCCGAGCUACCGUCAACCACAACGUCACGUCCCAGGUCUUGGUCCAGCUGAACGGAUCUGACUCCCACUCGGUGGUUUCCUUCCAGCUCAGACGUCCCCGUGGACCCAUGUUUCCUCCAUACUUACAGGUGCAGGCGGCUGUCCGGCAUUACAGAGAGUGCAGCCUCGACGGCUCCCUGUCUGUGCAUGUGUCUGGCGAGGAGCUAAUUCUGCUGGAGGCCAGUGCGAGCCAGGACAGCCGGAGGAACACCCGGGGCUGGGGUGUGAACGUCCUCCUACACCAGGAGGUCCUCAGAGCCCCCAGGGCUGUUCAGCUGCAGCUCUCCAGCAAGAUCGCCCCAGCCAGGAUCUGGCUGUUUUCCAAAGCCCUGCUAGACCAGAACACAGUGCAGCUCUUCCUCAAGGCCUCUGAGGAGCGGAGGGGAGGCCGGGUCCUGACUCUGCGGAGCCAAGCCCAGCACACAGUGGCCGCCUGGGCAGCCCUGCCCCGUCUUCUGACCCUCGUGGGGGUGCUGAAGCAGAAGGAGGUGCUCAGAGAGGGUACCAUCAAGGUCACCGCCGACUCAGCCAUGCUGGGACUGCUCUUGCGGGACAAGCAUGAGAGGGCAGGGAACAGCACCAGCGUGCACAGUGUGACCUGCAUCCUUGCCCAGAACAGCAGCCAGGCCUUGCCAGGAGAGCUCCAGUUGAGGGGGCGGCUACAGGCCCAAACGGGGAGCCUCGGGGGCCAGGCCAGCCUCCGUGCAGACACGGCCAGCCUGGCUCUGGGCGGGGUCUGCACCUGGGGCCCCGGGCACGGCCAGCUCUCUGGCAGCCUGAGUCACAACAUCAGCGCUUUGAGUGAGGCAGGGCUCUCCUCCGAGGCAGGGAUGCUCCUGUCACACACCCACGUGGCUUCCAAUUUCUCAGUGCGGGUGAUGCUGCGAAGUUCUGGGGGUCAGCUGGAUGCGGCCCUUGGCCUGGAGGGCGUGGCCACCAGCACAUCAGGCAGCCAGCUCCGCGCCAGCCUCCGCCACACGGUGCCCGGCCUCGGGCGCUGGGGCCUCCCCUUCUCCGUGGGCGGCCGCGGACACUUGCAGAGCUCGGGACCCAGUCUGGAGGCGGGGUUGGUGGUGAGCGUGGACGGCGAGGAGCUUGGUGGAGCCCAGGAGAGGAGCGGGGCAGGUGACCGCCGGGAGCUGACCCGGGGGCUGCACCCCGGCCUCGUGAGGCUCCAGAAUCCAGCUGUGCUGACAUUGAAUGGCUCCGUCCUGGUGCACAGCUUUGGGGCCAGCCUGGUGGCUCAGGUAUCGUCUGGAGACACCUUCGCCCGAGCCCACGUCCACUCAGCCUGCGGCCACCGUGCUCACCUGGACACCGGCCUCCAGCAUGCAUGGCCUCCACUUCAGGCACUGGGAGUCCCCCCCAGCAACCACAUCCGCGUGUCCAUGAGGGGAGAUGAAGCCCCCCAGGCCCAGCUGGAGGUGGCCCUGGGCCUGUGCACCCUGACCGCCCGUGGGGACUUCAGGUCAGAGGCCAGCGCCACACACAACUGGACCCUGGCCCUGGUGAAUCACUGCCCUCUACUGGAGGCGACAGGAAUCCCACGGGCCCUGCGCUCCGAGGGCAGCCUCAGCUGGGGCCCCUGCGAGUUCGACCUGACCACGGACUUCCAUAGUGACCGUGGGGAUGCCUACCUGCAGUUGGCCCGUACCUGCGGGCCCCAGACCUUGGUCCUGGGGCACCUGACUCACUCCCUGCCCCUCCUGGGCCGACUGGGCCUGCCACCCCGGAGUGCCAUCAGCCUGACUGUCCAGCCUGGCCCCACCCGCUACAGCUCCCUGUCCCUCCAGAUGGGGCCGUGCCGGCUGCAGGGUGCCCUGGAGCAGCACGCUGAGAACCGGAGCACGUGGACUCUGGCCACCGAGCCGGGCUGCCCGCUGCUGGAGCAGGACCUGGGCCUCCCAGCAGGGACGCAGUUCAGCGACUCCCGGCAGGCCUUGGGUGGGGAAGCAGAAGCAUCAGGGGUCCUUGCGGCGGCCAGCCAGACUGCUUCCUUGACCUUGGCAGUGACCCUGCACCCAUCCGAGGCCACACUCCGUGCAAAACUGAGGCCCACGCUGCCUGCACUGCACGCCCUUCCCCCGGAGACCUCGCUGACCGUCCAGUGUGGGUGGGAGGCCGGGCACCGGCUGCGCCUGGAGCUGCACUCAGGGGCCUGUGAGCUUCAGGGCAGCGGUGAGCUGCAGCUGGACCGCCGGCUGCAGUGGCGGGUGGUGGCCGAGAGCUCCUGCGAGGCCCUGCAGGUACGCGUGCGGGGGGAGAGCGGGAGCGUUAAGAAGCCCUACUUCCAUUUCUUUCAACACUUCCAGGCCCUGGGGGUCCCAGGCCGAGUCGACGGCUCUGGCUACAUUGUGGUGAACUCCACGGCUGUGGAUGCUCAGGUGCUGGUCACCAUGGAUGCCAACAUGCUCCGGGGGCUGCUUGUCCUCAGUACCACCGAGACCCAGCAGGAGGUGAACUUGCUGCUCACACACAACCUGCCUCAGCCCAACCCCUUGGCCCUCCCAGCCCAGAUCCUGCUGUACCUGACCAACGAGAGGCUCGGGCCCAGCUACAGACACAGCCUGCGGGUCGGAGUGGAUGGCAAAGAGGUGUCCGAGGAGCUGACCUUCACUCAGUGGCCAGAGCACGUCUCCCUGGACUGCAGACUCCAGCACAACAUGCCCGCGCUGCGGACGCUGUGGGUGGAGGACAGGGUGGCCCUUCAGGUCUCCGCGGACGUUGACAGCAGCUGCACUGGCUUUGAGAAUUCAGGACGCAUCUCUGCAGGGUCCACGUCUCUGAACUACUCCAUGAGCUGCCGUCACCACGAUGGGCGCCUGGAGUUCUCUGGUUGGAGCGAGCACAACAGCUGGGCCCUGCGGCAGGCGGGGUUCCCGGGAGAGGCCCGCCUCGGGGCUGAGCUGCAGAUGCAGAAGACCCAGACGCAGGCCUGUGUGGUCCUCCAAGGCGGGGACGGUGGGAUCAGUGUGGACGCGGCAGCCCUGGUGGCCCGGCCAGUGAAUGGCCCCCUGGAGCUGGUGGUGAAUGUCAGCCACACGGCACCUCUUCUCCGGAGGCUGGGCCUGCCCUUUGCCAGCCAGCUCAUGUUCCGGGAGCUCUGGGAAAAGGAAGAGAUGCAUGCUUCCCUGAAGCUGACGUGCGAUUCUCAAACCAGCCUGGUCCUCAACGUCCACGGCCACAACCAGGCACUCAGCAAAGAGCUGCGGCUCUCCGGCCAGCAUCACCUCCCUGUCCUCCUCGGCCGCUGCCCCAGCAGAGCCUCCGCCUCAGCCAAGCUACGAUACUCUGAGGGUGGAGCCGAGGGCACAUUUGUGUUGAUGGUGGAGGAGCAUCACUUCCACAUGGGCGCCGGGUUCACAGCUGCUAAGAACACUGUUACCAACAUCAUCAAGCUGGAGCAGACCUUCCCCCAGUUCCAUGCCCUUCCUGGGGAGCUGGUCCUUCAGACCUCAUACGAGCGAGCCCGUGACACCCAAGUCCUGCAUCAUGUGGUGCUGUGGGACGGGCAGGGCCUGGCCCUCAAUGGGAGCCUCUCCGGGCCCUUCCUCAAGCCCGCCGGGACCCGUGGUCUGCAGGUGGAGCUCACCCACCCGCUGCCCCUCCCCCUGCCACGGCACUGCCGCUUCCGCCUGACCUCCGAGCAUUCGACACGCCGUCACCAGGAUGACCUGGUCGUGGGCUGGGACGGCAAGGACCAGGUGGCGCUGUCCUCCUCUCUGCGGCUGGGGAAAGGCAAGCUGGCCGCCCACCUGGCCCUGGCUCACCCCUUCGGCCUCUCCUGGCGGCGGGCCGAGGCCAGCGGCCUUGCUGAGAGCAGGGGCGGCAGGCAGAGCUGGCAGGUACAGCUUGCCUGGAAUGGAGGGCAGCCGCUGGCCUUGCAGCUCACCUGGGCCAACAGGUCCUCAGCACAGAGCGCCUCCUGGGAUGGCUGCGUGGCUGCCUCCCCUGGGCAGCUCCAGGACACCUGGGGCCUGGGCGCCUUCAGGGCCUGUGGGGCCUUAACGCAGACCCCAGCUGUGUUCAGUGAGUGGCUGGAUCUGUCCUGGGACGGACGCCUGGUACAGCAGAACCUGACGUAUGAGAGGCGCCAGCCAUCCCUCCCAGACAAGAUCCAUGCAGAGGCCAUGCUGGAGCACAUCCUUGGGGCCCCCUGCCCCACGCAGAGCUUCCGGGGAGACGUGGAGACCGACCGUGCCCACUGGCUGCGCCACUCCCUGCAGCUGGGGCUCUGCCACCUGCCCAGGGCCCUCGCGGUCUCCGGGGAGCACACCCUGGGCAGCGGUGAGCUCCUGCUACACUCCAGAUGCCAGCUGGGCCUCGCCCCAGACCCAGAGCACGGCCUGCACCUCAGCCUGAUGCUCCGCAACCACAGCAGGCCCCGGACGCAUGACUACUCCGGGGAGCUGGAGCUCCGUGGCCCCAAAGCUCAGUGGCUUGGCCUCCUGGGCCGCGUCUCCAGCUCCGCUUCUCGAAGCCUGGUCCAGAUGGAGGGAAGCGUGGCCGACGGGGAUGAGAAAGUGAGGCUGUCAGUGUCUCGGGCCCCAAACUGCCUCCAGGCCUCGGUGGCCCACGAGGAAGGGAGGCAAGAGGAGAGCGUGCUGCUGCGGGCCUGCGCCCACAGGCGGGCGGCGGAAGUGGAGGCCCUGCUCCGGGACCGAGGGCAGCCCGUCCAGCCGCUGGUUCGCCUGACCCUGCAGGCUGCCAGCCAGAGCCUCCGCCUGACCGCACGCGGCUGCCAGGGGACCCUGCUGGGCCACGUGGAGUCCAGGGUGGCUGCUCUCGGGUCCCAGGUGCAAGCUGGGCUGGAGGAGAGGAUCCAUAGCUUGGACGCCUACGUGAGAAGGUUCCAGCGCCUGGUGCAGCCAGCGGGUGCCCUGGACGGUCUCGCCAGCCCGCUUCUGCGGCUGUGCCAGGUGGGGCUGGGGGCCGUGCGGGACAGCGGCCGGGCAGUGGCCGCGCUGUGGGGCCUGAGCCCGGCCGGGCGGGCGCUCACCCACCAAAUGCCACUCUCCCUGGAGAGGCUGCAGGCGGGGCUGGAGCAGCUGCGGAAGGAGCUAGAACGGCCCCUGGCCACGCUGAAGGACGCCUACCUGGAGGUGACGGUGCAGCCCCUGGACGACGUGUGGCGGGAGCGGGCGGAGGCGGCCCUGCGGCAGCUACAGGCCUGGGUGUCCGGGACGCCGGGCACCUGGGGGUCCGGGCCCCUCGGGGCAGCACUGGAGGCCACAGGGGGUGCCCUGGAGCUGGCCGCCCACCAGAUGCUGUCUUGGGCUGACGCUGCGCUCUCACGGGCACUGAGGCGGCUCUGCAGACCCCUGUUGGACAUGUACAGCUUCUCGGCCAGGGACUGCUCGGUGGUGGUGACGCUGCCAAUGCUGCCGGCAGGGGACGAGCCCCUGGACGUGGCCUGUGUGACCAGCCACCUGGUGGAAGAGCUGUUGCUGCAGCCGCUCCGAGCACUCUACAGGACCAGCAUGCUGGCUGAGUACUACCGGCUCAAACGCGGCCUGCUGGGGGCCCCCUCUGGAUACCACGCCGUGGUGGCUGGGGCCAGGUACGUGGUGACCUUUGACGGCCGGGUGUGGGGCAUUGGUGACCACUGUGGCAGCCUGCUGCUGGCCCAGGACUUUGCUCACGACACCUUCUCACUGACGCUAAACCGGGCGGGCUCGGGGCUCACCUCGCUGACCGUGGGGCUGGACCACACCAUCCUUGCCCUGUACCCCAGCCUGAAGACCUACAGACUGUACAGCAACUCCCUGCCCGGGGAGAGCUGUCUGGACGGGGACCUGCCUCCCGCCAAGACUGGGAAGGACGACCCGAGGAUUGAACUGACCAGUGAGGACGGCGUCUCCAUCACCUGUGAUGUCCGUGCCGGCCUCUGCGGCCUGACUCUCAGCGUCUGGCAGCAUGGCCUGUCCGCCGGCCUUCUGGGCACCAAUGACAACGAGGCCAGCAAUGAGAUAAUGCUUCCGGAUGGCACGCUGGCCAGCAGCCUGGAGGAGUUCGCCCAGGCCUGGCAGCUGGCUGGUGACUGCAGAGCCGUGGAGAAGACUCGGCCGGUGUGCCUGGAACAGAGCCCCACCUGCCAGGCCUUCUUCCACGACCCCCACUCCAGCCUGGCGAGCUGCUUCGGAGUGGUGGACCCAACACCCUUCCUCAGCCUGUGCAUCCGGGACACCUGUGGCACCCAGGAGCACCAGCCUGCUUGCACCCUGGCCGCCGUCUACAUCCACCUGUGUGCCAGGGGCUUCGUGCCCGUGGACCCGCCUCCACAAUGCGGUGAGUGGACGCGCCAGCAAGCACUCUGACCCCCUGCUUCCAUCCCGAAGGGAAAACCCAUUCCUUUCUCUUCGCUUCCGCCAAGAGGACACACACUCAGUUGUUGUACAGUGAGCUAAGAGGCAAAGCAAAGUUAUGUGCAAAGGAGCACUUAAAAAUUUUUUUUUUGAUUUGGCUGGGCCAGGUCUUUGUUGUGGCAUGUGGGAUCUAGCUCUCUGACCAGGGAAGUCCCAGGAGUUAUCAAGAAAGUUACUAAGAAAGAGAAAAGGAGGCCCCAAACUCCCCCACACUUCACUCCAGGUCUAGCGAGCCUGGUGACCUCUGAUGUAGGAGACGAGAGUUUGGGGAGGUCAGGCAGUUGCUGACAGUUAGAGCCACAGGCCUGCCCUUAGAGGAUGUGACAAGGUCUGGGAACCCUUGGCACACCAAAGUCAUGUCUGAUUCCCACGGCUCAUGUCCCACUACCCAGACACGGAUGUCGGCGACUGCAACAAACAAUGGCAGUGGAUCCCUGAUAAUGGAGCAAGUGUUCAUGUCACUCGUAAAAGAACAGCUAGGCAGGCUUUACUGGGGGGCUGUAGACGUACGGACCAUUGCGGUAGGGGCAGAAAGAUUGGGCUCAUCCCUUAACAAGGAGAAGUGGGCAUUUAGAGUCCAGGAGCAGGGGGGAGAGGGGGUCAGUGGAUGGAAGAUUACUAAAAGGAAAGAUGAGGGGUCGGGGAGAUUCUGGCUAAGCUGACCUAACAGAAUUGUUGCUGAAGGCAGGCUAGGGAGAUCAGACAUCACCCGGUUGCAGAGGUCAAGGUGAUCAGCUCUGGAGGAUCCUGAUAAAGGUACUGACCUGCUAAAACUGGACGAUGAAGACGUGACCGUGGAAGCCCAAAAGUCAGGAGCUAGUUGAGAAGAGUUCUAAGGAGCCUGAGUAGAGUCUGGUCAAGGAGAAAGUCCUUCUCAAAGACUUUUGGAUGCUAGAAUUAAAGAUUACUAAGAUAAGCACAAAAAUUUAGGAAAUUUAAGACAACGCAUUAUUGAACCAGGUGAUUUUUCCAGAAACUAAUGCCUGGGGCCGGCAAUUUGUUAUGUAAGUGAACAUUGAUAGGUGUCAAUAUUCUAUAACAUUUUAUAACAUUUAGGUAACAAAAACGUAUUAAUUCGUCUCUGGUCAGUAAGUUGUUAAUAGCAAAAGAGAAAACUAACUGGAAAAUAUGAGAGGAGGAAGAUGCAGUGAGAAUUUUAGAAUGAGAAAGUUCUCAGAUCCAAGAAGCACAGUGAGACUGCCCUGGCAGUCCAGUGGUUAAGACUCCGAGCUUCCAAUGCAGGGCAUGUGGAUUUGAUCCCUGGUCAGGGGACUAAGACCCCACAUGCUGUGUGGUGCGCCCACCCCCCCCACAAAAAAGCACGGUGUGCCCCAAACACGAUAAACAAACCUCUGCCAUGACGCAUCAGAAUGGAGCUGUGGAAAACCCAAGCAGAGGUCCUCAAAGCCACCAAAACGAAUGGAAAAGAGAUAAUUUUUCAAGGAACAAAUAACCAUUCUCUUACCAGCAAUGACAGAAGAUGGUGGAAUAAGUCUUUACAGCAUUAAGAGAAAAUAAUUGUCAACUUAUAUUCUAUACCCAGUUCAGGUGAUAUUUAAAAUGGAACACUUCCAGCACUGAACUCCCUGAAAAUGUCAUUUGUGAAUUGUCCAUUAGUGCUAAGAGACACGGCCGUGCACAUUCAUUCACAUGCUGUUUGUGGCUACUUUUGUGCCAUGAUGCGGAAUAUUUGUGACCAAGACUCUCCAGCCACCAAGCCUAAAAUAUUUACUGUCUGGCUCUUUACAGAAAAUGUUGGCUGACCCCUGGUGCAAACCAAGGAAAGCAGAAGGAAAUUAAUGAAUUAGGAAGAAAUGAACAAUAGAAUGAUUCAAGAGAGAAAAAAAGAGAGACCCACAAAUAGUACUAGGAACAAGGAGUCAAAACUACAGGUUUCAAAAGGUGACUUUGCUGAUAAAAUUUAAAACAAAGUAUUUACCAGGAAAUACAAUCUGCCCAAACUGAUUGGAGUAGGAAUAUUAAAAAUCUAAAAGCAUCUCAUAGCUGUUAAAUUCACUGCAUCUGUAGGCUGACAUGUACCUCUGAAAGACAACAGGUACGGUUUAGUGAAGAGUUGUUAGACAUGACAGCAAAAGCCUGAUUCAUAAACGAGAAAAAAAAAAAAUCAAUAAAUCGGACUUCAUCAAAAUUGUUUGUUCUUCCAUUCUUUUGACAGGAAACAGCAAAGCCCUGGGAGAAAAUACUUGCAAACCACAUCCCUGACAAAGGACCCAUAUCUAGAAUACAUAACUCUCAAAAUUUAACCGUGGAUGAAACUAGAGCCUGUUAUGCAGAGUGAAGUCAGAGAAAGACAAUAUCAGAUAUUAACGCAUACAUAUGGGAUCUAGGGAAAAGGGCUUGAUGAAGCUAUUUGUAGGGCAGGAAUAGAGACACAGACAUAGAGAACAGACUUGCGGACACAGCAGAGGAAGGACAAAUCUAGAGUCGCGUUUGUAUACACACUUCCAUGUGUAAACAGCUAGCUGGGGGAAGCUGCCGGGUAGCACCAGGAGCUCAGCUCAGGGCUCUGUGAUGACCCGGAGGGGUGGGUUGGGGGCGUGGAGUGGGGCUCAAGAGGAAGAGGACAUAUGUGUACUUACAGCUGAUUUACGUUGCAUGGCAGAAACCAACCCAGCACUGUAAAGCAAUUAUCCUCCCGUUUAAAAGUUUCUAUUGAAAUAUGGUUGAUUUACAAUGCUGUGUUGGUUUCAGGUGUAUAGCAGAGUGGUUCAGUCUGUGUGUGUGUGUAUCUGUAUAUAUUACUCUUUUUAGGUUCUUUUCCAUUAUAGUUUAUGACAUGAUAUUGAAUUUAGUUCCCUGUGCUAUACACAGGGCCUUGUUAUAUUUAUAUAUAGUAGCAUGGAUCUACUAAUCCCAAACUUCUCUAAUUUAUCCCUCCCCUGCUUUCCCCUUUAAUAACUGUUUCUUUUCUAAAAAAAAAAAAAAAAACUAAAAACAAAUUUAAGUCAAAGUACAGUCUAUACAGAAAAUGGACAAGACA